AUGUAUUCACUCAUUAGUUUCAUUCUCCUCACGAUAUCGACUGCCCGUGCUUUUACACAGGGCGAGUGUAUCAAACAUGAUUUCGCCUUGAUCCGACUGGCUUCGCAGCUUUCACCUGGUGCAGCAAUAUCAUGCCGACAUUCUCUGCUACAAGAGUACAAUGCCAAUCGGUAUUGGGGCGAACAGUACAGCAAAAAUGCAACGGUCGUGGUCUUUCCACUCACCGCAGAUGAUGUCAGCCAUACCGUCCAGGCUGCCUCGUCCUCAAGACUCGGUUGGGACCUCGCCUUUGUUGGUGGCGGUCAUGGACAAACCAACGCUUCAAGCACGUCUGGUUUCCUCAUUGAUCUCUCCUGGAUGAAUUCCACCAAAGUUUUACACGAUGUCAGGCUAGGAGAUGUCCGAAUUCCUAAUGCUAUAUCCUACCAAGGAGGCGCUACCUGGAAACAGGUCACCGAUGUUACGAGUAAUACAGGCCUCGCGGCUGUCGGUGCUCGGGUUGGCGAUGUCGGAGUCGGUGGCUUUUCGACUGGAGGUGGUAUCGGAUUCCUAGCUGGUGCUUACGGAUAUGCAAUCGAUCGAAUUCGAGCGUUCGAAGUUGUCUUGUUGUCUGGAAAGAUCGUAGUGGCUACGAAAACCAACAAGUAUUCAGAUUUGUUCUGGGCCUUGCAAGGUGGAGGUGGACAAUUCGGCAUUGUCACCACUUUCUACCAAGAAGCUGUGCCAGAACCAACCUCCUCAGAGUUUGGCAUCUGGAUCAUUGCUAGGGACUCGUGGGAACAGGCUCGACAAAACACCGUACAUUUCUUCCAUUCGAACAACGAUCCCUUCUCGCUGAUGUACUACUCACUUGGUUACUACCCUCAGCAUCUCCUUACUGGGAAUCUGACCACGACUAUGGUGAUAGUGGGCAUACGAUUUGCAGAUCCUCGUGGCCAGUCAGCUAGUACAGUCGAUGCGUACGGUGACAGACCCAGGCAGCCCGCGGAGCAGAUGACCUUCAACGCAACCUUCAAUGGGCUGCUCCAGGGCCUCGAUAUUGAACAGGCCUCGAUCUACAACGUGCCUUACGGAGUAGCUACCGAACUCAGUACGCCUUUCUUCCCUUACGGUUACCGAAGAGGGUUCUGGGGGCCUCAAACUUCCAAGGUCUCGGCAUCGUACCUCGCUGCUACAUCAGACGGUAUGGAAGCCUACAUCAAUCAGUCACUCGCUCGAGGUGAGGUCCCUACGAGCGCCGUGUGGGUCUUGCAAUACAUGUAUCCCAAUCAGAACGGCCACGGACCGGCAUCGGAUAGUGAUACCGCAUGGCCACAUGCGCAAACCGCACACCAGACGCUGUUUUCGCCUGCAUGGAGAUCCGCUGUAGACGAUGGGUUUGUCAUACAACACAACGAUGCCCUGAACAAGAUCACGCAUGAUCACCAAGCAUCAGUUGGACCCUUCAUCGCAGACUAUCCCAACUACAUCUCACCAAAGGCAGAUGGUUAUAGGGUGUGGGGAGGGAACGUUGAAAGGUUGACCGCGAUCAAGGCCAAGUAUGACCCAGAGUGCCGAAUCCAUCAAGGACGAGUUUUUGCCUCUGAAGCUUGUAUUGCAAAUGGCUGGGCAAACAUCUACCCGCCGAAGAGCUAG